UCUCUCAAGCACAACGCAAGCAGAGUCAUCGCAAUGCUGGGCAGGUACUCGCGCAGGCAAUGGCUCACUCUGAUCGUGUUCGCCAUCGCCGACUUCUGCAGCGCGGUGUGCGUGUCCCUGCAGGCGCCCUUCUACCCCAUGAUGGCCGAGUCUAAGGGCGCCUCGCCCACCCAGUACGGCUUCGUGUUCGGCAUCUUCGAGCUGACGGUGUUCAUCGUGUGCCCCAUCUACGGCACGUACCUGAACAAGAUCGGGCCCAAGUUCAUGUUCAACGCCGGCAUCUUCACCACGGCCACCACCUGCAUCAUGUUCGGGUUCCUGGACCGCGUGAACGACACCACGGCCUUCAUCGGCCUCUCCUUCGUCAUCAGGAUCGUGGAGGCCAUGGGCAACUCGGGCUUCCUGACGGCGUCCUUCAGCAUCAUCGCCAAGGAGUUCCCCGAGAACGUGGGCGCCACCUUCGCGUCCCUCGAGACCUGCUUCGGUCUGGGACUGAUCGUCGGCCCUACCUUGGGCGGCGCCCUCUUCGAGCUCGGGGGCUACACGCUGCCCUUCGUGACGCUGGGGGGCAUGCUACUGGGCGCCGCCUCACUCACCUUCUGCAUCCUGCCUGGCCACUACUCCGAGGCCAAGGGCGAGGACGAGGCCCAGGGCAGCUUGAUCAGCCUCGUCAGAAUACCCUCCGUGGCCCUCGUCGCCUACGCCAUCGUCGCCACCUCCGCCAGCAUCGGCUUCGUCCAGGCCACGCUGGAGCCCCACCUGCGGCCGCUGGGCCUCACGCCCUUCCAGCUGGGACUCAUGUUCGUGCUCAACGGCGCCACCUACAGCCUCUUCGCGCCCUUGUGGGGUUGGCUGUGCGACAAGUAUGUCAGUCCCAAGGCAGUGGUGAUCCUGGGAGGUCUUGUGACCACGGCCGCCUUCGUGGUCCUGGGCCCGGCGCCCUUCCUGCCCAUCCCGGACACGCUGCCGCUCUGCAUCUUCGCCCUCGUGCUCCACGGCACCGGCUUCGGCGCCGAGCUCGUGGCCACCUUCACCAGCGCGCACAAGGACGCCGUGGCCAACGGCUUCCCCGACGACAUCAGCACCUACGGCCUCGUCGCGGGGCUGUGGACGUCGACCUUCGCCCUGGGGGCCUUCAUCGGCCCCUCCGUCGCGGGCGUCCUCUUCGACUGGUGCGGCUUCGCGUGGGCCACCGUGUUCGUGGUCGUGCUCCACCUGGUCGUGGCCGUGUCGUUCGCCGUCCACAUGACCGUCCGCCGGCCGCCCGCGCCCUCCAUCUUCGCCAAGACCCACGAGAGCCUGGCGCAGCGCGACGCCGAGAAGACCCUCCUCCUCGGCGCCCGGCCCGGCGACGAGAGCGGGUUCAGCAGCUCGGGCAGCUCGUCCUUGGAGGUGUCCGUGUCCUCGGAGAUCCGUCCGUUGGUGACGUGAGGCGCGGCUGGAGGAAGGCUGAACGCAGGAGGGAGGAGUCGGUUGAAGUUCUCAGGUGCGGGGCGCGCUGUUGUCUUUGCUCAUGUGAAAUGGGAUGCGCGCUUAUUGUUGUAGUUCUGUUUACCUGAUGUUAUUAUACCACUGUUGUAGUUCCCAGCAUCAGGUCUAUCUGAUUUAUCGAUCUUGUAGAUUGUAAUUAUCUGAAUACUGAUCUUUCUAGUCAUGGUUGAACCACGGGAUUCAGUGGGCCAGGCAAAUAGCACUUAAGGUCGGAAGUAUGAUGAAAACAAUUCAAGUGUGGAUGUUCCUGAAUGGAUGAGGAAGGAUUUGGGAUUCGGUUCUAGCUGGACACGAGGAUGUGUGUUUUUUCUUGGAAUAAGAGGAUGUUUGUUCAUUGUUAGAUUAAACGAUGU